UUUUUUCGACCGUUUUUGAUCAGGGAUUACUGUAUAGAACUUAAAUGUACAACGCCUACGAAUACGAUUCGAGGAGGUCCCGACAGGGCAGAGUGCCAACUGACUCUGAAGGAAGAAGAGCUCGAACCUGGCCGACCUGUGCCAAAAGGUCUCGGAUGCUGGAAGGAGGAUCAUGAAGGCGAAGAGAGGGAAUACUGUGAUUUGGUUUGUCCCAAGUCACAUACCGUAUUCAUCUCGUCCAUUACCCAGGGCCAUCGAGCUUGCUUCAACUUCAUCACCUACCAAAUCGAGAAGCGAGGUGAAGAGCAUUACAUGUGGCGCAGUGGUAAAUGCGCUAACUCCACUAUCGACUACCGUAUUGGAUGCAAAUUCGAUGACCCAUUCGACACUCAGUUCAAGACCGACAACGAAAUCUUGGCUCACCUUCGUGCCCGUGCUCGCCGAGCCUAA